CUCAGCCCUUUUCAGAAAGGUGAAGCACUUAGCAAGCCCAGUUAGAACUGAAAGGGGAAUGAAAGUAAAGAUGAUGGAUUUCAAGAUAGGAAGUGUGGUUCUGUGUCUUCUUUUUGGAUCUAAAGCCACGCUGGCCUUGUCACCUGCUGAGGAUGACAGACUGGAACACUGGCACAGUAAAGCGUGCAAGUGUGAUUGUCAGGGAAGUGCCAACUCAGUAUGGUCCACUGGAACAAACGGUCUGCAAUGCAUGCCAGAAUGUCCCUAUCACAAACCACUUGGUUUUGAAUCUGGUGCUGUUACUUCAGAUCAGAUAAGUUGUGCCAAUCCAGAUCAAUACACAGGAUGGUAUACUUCAUGGAUUGCUAAUAAAGCCCGACUUAAUGGACAAGGCUUUGGGUGUGCCUGGCUGUCAAAAUUUCAAGACACUAACCAGUGGCUGCAAAUUGACCUGAAGGAAAUAAAAGUUAUUUCAGGGAUACUCACACAGGGAAGGUGUGAUGCAGAUGAAUGGAUGACAAAAUACAGUGUUCAGUAUAGAACUGAUGAGAAUCUGAACUGGGUCUAUUACAAGGACCAGACAGGAAACAACCGGGUUUUCUACGGGAACUCAGACAGAUCAUCCUCUGUGCAGAACCUUCUGCGCCCACCCAUUGUCUCCCGCUACAUUCGAUUGAUACCACUUGGUUGGCAUGUGCGUAUUGCCAUCAGGAUGGAGUUGCUCGAGUGCAUGAAUAAGUGUGGUUGACAUGGAACCGACAACACCACAUGUUGGAAAGUAUUAACAAGAUUAUAGAAAUACAAUUUUAAAAUCAUGUAGGUUCUUCCUGUACGUAGGAUAGAGGCUUUCAAUGUACUAUAGAAAUUAUAAGCAUUAUACAGCUUCCUUUUGCUAUGAUUUAUAUCCCUGUCAACUUUGGAAGGUUUAAUGGAAUUAUUCAAACUAAAAAUAAAGUGGAGGUGGAACCAGGGCCUAGAAACUUUUCUGCAACAAUAAUUCUGAAACAAUAUUGCAUGAAAUUUCCCCCCUCCCCCUCUCCUUUAAGCACAUGGUAUUUUACAAGGGUGUUUUGUUUGAUAUUCCUCACGAUUUCAUGAAAGCUGAGAAUUACUUGUGCCAGAAAGAGAAAUAUUUUGUGCUCAAGAAAACAUUUCGUUUCCCAGGUAGUUUGGUCAGUCCUUAUGGUAUCUGUCAGUCUUUGCUGAUGAGAGUUGAGCUAUACUAGUAUCCCAUCUAUUUCAAUUUCCUUGAGAGAUGUUAUUUCCAUGUGGUUAAGGGAUCCUACUUCCCCACCCCCAGUGCUUCAAAAGGCCUAACAGAAUAAAUUGAUACAUCCUUACAUGAUUUGACCAGUACUAGGCCUUACAUUACAUUGAAUGAGUAUGUAAAUUUCUGUUGAAAAAUCUGAGUUUCUAGCUAUUAUCAAAGUGAUAAAUAAUAUAUAUAUGUACUAUCUUGCAUUUUUUUCAAGCUAGGUAUAGGCCUGCCAUAUACCUGGUGGGGGUGGGAGAUUCCUUGCCCUGAGUUCCAAGUGGUAGCAGGAUAAAUGUUUCAAAAACUCAUUUUUGUGAACAUGAAUCACUUCCAAGGACAACCAAUGACAAUAGCUCUAGACAUUGCUGAAAACUCUAUGGUUGCCAUAAAGCUUCCUAGAACUACUGUAAUCACUCACAGGUUUUCCUUGGAAGUGACAUCAUCAGAUUAUCAAUCAGGACUGUCUUAAAAGCAUUAUGGGCAAUGCACUGGGGCCCCUACCUACACCACUACUCUCAGGAAUAAAAAUGUAAAUGGUCGAUAAAAUUAAA